ACGAAAUAGUAGAAGCAGUCCUCACCCAUCUCUAGACGGUUAUCGGCUCCAGCUUCGCUCCCCUGGGGAGUCUGAGUGCGCAAGGCCAGGUUUUCCGACGCCCGGGCGCACUUGACUCAGGAAACCUGGAGUUUUGCCUCCUCGGUCGAAGAACCUUCAAUUUUUAGCGUUGCACCCGAAGUCAUGAAGGUGUUUCGUUGUACUAACUACACCGACGGUGAACGAUCUGCACUCCUCUCUACCUCUCCUCUCGGACUGGUAUCUAGACUGUUUUCAGCAUGAGUUUCCUUGAUUCGGUGCUCUCGUCUAUCGAGACGGGCAAACCCUCUCCCAUACCGCCACCGAAACCAGCUCCGUCACGGUCUCCAGCUCCUGCCGUUUCCACCAUCGCAGAAAAGUCAGGAUCCCUUAAGUCUACGUCGGUAUCCCAAGAUGUGCACUCGAACGGAGGUCAGGCCACCACCACUACUGGUACCAAACGAAAAGCCGAAGAACAGCUGCGCCGUCCACCGAAGCUCGAUACACAAGUAUCCAGCAAACCUACGAUUUCGAAAUCCACACCUCUAUCGGCAGUCUCUAAACCGCGCCCGCCGUCGACCUCUACCAACUUGAAAUCGGCGAAGCCUCCAAACACAGUCAGCAGUGGUCCGUCAGCGCCAUCCAAAAUUAUCUCAUCUACGGCGUCGUCAAAAGCGCCACCGAAAGGCUCAUAUGCCGAUCUUAUGGCGAAGGCCAAGGCUUUGCAAGAAAAAGCACCCGCUCAAGUAGGCAUGUUUAGGCAUCAAUCAGCCCCAAAGGAGCGAGUUAGCAAGGUCGAACGAAAGCGACGGGUGGCAGAAGCUCAGGUAAAAGAGAAGGAUGUCAAAAUAGGGAAAAAGCCUAGCCCUGUAUCUGGCGCCGCGGCGGCAAAGGACAAGGCUCGCGACGGAUCCAUCUCCAGGAAACCGGAAGAACCAUCCUAUAAAGGUACAGCUCGGCCAUCACAAACCCCCGCAUAUAGGGGCACUUCCGGUCUACCUGCAAAGCGCGAUCCGAACGAUCGGUAUCGACAGGGACAGUCCAGCUAUGGCAGACGUUCGAGGGGCAAUGAAUACCUGGGCACAGAUGAAGAAGACGAAGGGGAUGUCUAUGACGAUCACGACGACUACUAUUCGGACGCCUCAUCGGACAUGGAAGCUGGUCUCGAUGACAUGGAAAGCGAGGAAGCCGCGGCGUUGGCAGCGGCAAAGAGGGAAGAUGAAGAAGAAUGGCGCGCAGAGCUUGCCGCGAAAAAGGACAAACUAGAGCGCCGGCAGAAGCUCACUAUCUUGGCUUCAAAGCAACGCCGAUGACUCCCGCCCUACAUACACCGUUUUCCCCUUAUCUUUCUCAGUACAUCUCUUGCUAUUCUUCCCUCGUUCUCAUUAUCUUUUAGACCCCUUCAUGGGCGAGGAUCACACUUUGCAUCACCCGACUACCCAACCUACCAAACCAACACUAUCCUUUCCCCAUUCUUAUCCUUUCCCCAUUAAACCGUUCUCCCUCUAUUUUUCAAGCAUUUUUGUGCGUGAACCGGCGUCGAUAGAUGGCGGGUGGCUUGAAUUUUCUUUUAUUGUUUUUUUUUU